AGUGAGGGAGACAGAGGAGGGAGAAGAGGGAGAGGGAGGGAGAGCAGAGAAGAAGACAGCGUCGGCGGCGGCUCUGCAGUGGAAUAGCUGUUAUUUGAGGGAAGGUGAGAGCUCUCGGAGUACCCGGCCGGCGCGUGCUGAGCGAGAUGUGUUUCAGGACUUGAUUGCUGCAUCCUAAAAUAAAGUAACUCCUGGGUUCUUCUCACUUCACAAAAAUCCUCACUCAAAUCUCCAGACAACGCAGGAAAAAAGGGAGAAACUUCUGUGUAUCUGCAUGUUUCUAUGUUCAAAAAACACAAGGAAAAAACACAGGGAUUGGCAGAGGACACAUAACAUCUCAGAGGAUGAUGAAUUAGAAAGAACCACUUGCCACUGGAGGACCAAAGGGUAAAUAAAACAUUUUCUCGCAGAUCCACAAGCGUGGAGUCACCUCACCUGUACCUUCGGAUUAAAGAGCAGGGUCAUGUCCCAGUUGCCAUGCGCAUCGCCACGCUGACCUGCCUUCCCGGCCAUUCCCCCCUCCUCUUUCUAUUGGCCCAGCUGCUACUGCGGCUCCUCCACGCUGGGCCGGAGCUGGUGCGAGCCGCCUCCGCCUGCCCCUCCCUCUGCACCUGCUCCAACCAGGCCAGCCGAGUCAUCUGCACCAGGCAGAACCUGGAUGAGGUACCCGAAAGCAUAUCAGUCAACACACGAUACCUCAACCUGCAGGAAAACUCCAUACAGGUUAUCAAGUCAGACACUUUCAAGCACUUGAGGCACCUUGAGAUUCUCCAGCUCUCAAAGAAUCAGAUCCGUCAGAUUGAAGUCGGAGCAUUCAAUGGCCUCCCCAACCUCAACACACUGGAGCUCUUCGACAACCGCCUCACAUUGGUGCCAUCACACGCCUUUGAGUACCUCAGCAAGUUGCGGGAGCUGUGGCUGCGCAACAACCCCAUUGAGACUCUACCAGGCUAUGCCUUCCACCGAGUGCCCUCACUUAGGCGCCUGGACCUCGGUGAGCUCAAGAAGUUGGAUUUCAUCUCUGAUGCAGCCUUUGUUGGCCUCAUCAAUCUACGCUACCUUAACCUGGGCAUGUGCGGGCUGAAGGACAUUCCCAAACUGACAGCCCUUGUGCGUUUGGAGGAGCUGGAGCUGUCAGGAAACCGACUGGAGAUCAUCCGACCCGGUUCCUUCCAGGGCCUUGUGUCUCUCCGCAAGCUGUGGCUUAUGCACUCACAGGUGUCAGUCAUUGAGCGCAACGCCUUCGAUGACCUAAAAAGUCUGGAAGAGCUUAACCUGUCCCAUAACUCCCUGCACUCCUUGCCUCAUGACCUCUUCACACCCCUUCACCAGCUGGAGAGGGUACACCUUAACCAUAACCCCUGGAUCUGCAACUGUGACGUCCUUUGGCUAAGUUGGUGGUUGAAAGAGACGGUGCCGAGCAACACCACCUGCUGUGCCCGCUGCCACGCUCCCCCAUUCCUAAAGGGCAAGUACAUUGGAGAGCUUGACCAGAGCCACUUCACCUGCUAUGCACCGGUCAUUGUGGAGCCACCUACAGACCUCAAUGUUACCGAGGGUAUGGCCGCUGAGCUCAAGUGUCGCACAAGCACCUCCACAACAUCUGUCAACUGGAUCACCCCUAAUGGCACUCUAAUGACCCAUGGCUCUUACAAGGUGCGGAUAUCUGUCCUGCAUGAUGGCACACUUAACUUCACAAAUGUGACCCUGCGUGACACGGGCCAGUACACCUGCAUGGUAACCAAUGCUGCUGGCAAUACCACGGCAACUGCUGUCCUUAAUGUCACUGCUGCUGAUGCCAGUGUCAACUACACCUACUUUACAACAGUCACAGUGGAAACAGUGGAGACCCCAGUAGAUGGAGAUUAUCCUACAGAAAUCAAUCAUACAAUAAUCCAUGUCCCCACGCCCCCGAGCUACCUGUGGACUGAUGUUUCUACCACAGCCUCCUCCCUAUCCGCAGGCUGGUCUUCCUCCUCUCCUCGUUCCACCCGACCCACGUUCACUGUGCCCAUCACUGAGCCAGGCUUCUCAGGCCUGGAUGAUGUGAUGAAGACCACAAAGAUCAUCAUUGGCUGCUUUGUAGCCAUCACAUUCAUGGCAGCGGUGAUGUUGGUGGUGUUCUACAAGCUGAGGAAGCAGCACCAGCUGCAUAAACACCAUGGCCCUGCUCGUGCCAUCGAGAUCAUCAAUGUGGAGGAUGAGCUUGGGGCCGGAGCCAGUGGUAGGGGCAGCGGUAUCUCAGGAGGCUCCACAGUGACGCAGAGUGGAAGCAGUGGAAUAGGAGGGGGACAGAGCCUCAGGCUGCACCAUCCAGAGAUGGUCAACUUGCCCAACCUGGCACGAUCGGAGCACCUCAACCACUACUACAAAACUCAUCACUUCAACAACAACAUGAUGAGCCUUGGCAUGGGCACGGGCAUGGGACUCAACAACAACAACAACCCCUCGCCUUGCUCCCAGUCUCAGAACACCUCCAUGUCUUGUUCCCAGGUUCCAACCAGUGGAGGAGCACCCAUGGGUGGCACCCUGACAUCCCCUGUGUCCCAGUUGGGUCUCCACAGUUCUCUGAAAGGAAUUAUGGGAAAAUGCCAGAAUGAGCCACUGCUUUUUAAGAGCAGCUCAAAGGAAAAUGUGCAAGAGACUCAAAUUUGAUUAAAGUGAGAGUGAAAGUAAGAGGUCAGGAGAUGCUGGUAGAGACAGUGAGACAGAAAGAGUCUGUGAGACCAAGUAUAUGAGACUAAUUGUAGCCUAUACUGUCCUCAUGGACAGAUUCCAGAGAAGAUUAUAUUACACAUAGUCACUGCUUUGUCUUGUCAAUCUGUUGACAGAGAGAAGCAAACAGGAGGACUGAAGGAGACAGAGUACGAUGGCAGAUCAGCACUAGUCCCUGCAAAAGCAUCCACACAUAUUUUUCAAAUAAAUUAGACAAAAAAACGAUAUAAUGUUAACCACAAACAUCAGAAUCAUUCUGUGUUCUGUGCAGCCUGCUAUAGUCUUUGCCAAAGUCCAAGAUCAAGCAAAUGUUUCGUUUGCAUCCACAACCACAGUGGAAAGCUUUGAAUAAUACACAGGCAAUGAGCCUCUCUAGGUUUUUGACCGAUUGCUUCAUAUAUUUCCAGGCACAUACAGUGUAUAUAUUUGGAAGGAGACACAAUAUUGGCCAUUGAACAUGUUGUCAGAUUAGUGCUUGGCAGAGCCACUGAAUAACAAACAAUGGUUUGGGUGCGCGGUACAGUCCCAGCAUUUAGUGCUUCCCAGGAAGCAAUUCUGUGCAAAACGCAUGUAUCAGACUCGUUUUUUAAAGGGAGACAGAUCAAAAACUAUUGUUUUUUCGGGAUGGUUUCACUCUCACUUUCUCACUCUUUUCCCUUUUACACCUUACUGGCUAAUGUCUUCUUUGAAAGAUAAGCAAAACAGAGUGGGUUAUAAUGGGACAAUGUCGAAUCUCAUGGCAAAAAGGACUUUGAGAGAUAAAAAAGGACUGAAAGUACAUAUUAUAUAUA